ACUGAUUUAGAGUUUCUGGACCCUCGUGGUCGGACUCCUCUCCACCUGGCUGUCACACUGGGCCAGCUGGAAUGCACCAGGGUCCUGCUGCAGAAUGGAGCUGACGUCAGCAAGGAAAACCGCAAUGGAUGGACCGUUCUUCAGGAGGCGGUGAGCACCAGAGAUCCGGAGUUGGUGCGUCUCGUGCUUCGUUACCGUGACUACCAGAGGACUGCCAAGAGGCUGGCGGGCAUCCCCGUCCUGCUGGAGCGACUGCGCCAAGCCCAGGACUUCUAUGUGGAGAUGAAAUGGGAGUUUACCAGCUGGGUGCCCCUGGUGUCCCGCAUCUGCCCCAGCGACACCUACAGAGUUUGGAAGAGCGGUCAGUGUCUCCGUGUUGACACCACCCUGAUGGGCUUUGAACAGAUGACCUGGCAGAGAGGAAACCGGAGCUUUAUUUUCAGAGGACAAGACUCCAGUGCAGAAGUGAUGGAGGUUGACCAUGACAGGCAGCUGGUGUACUGCGAGACCCUGUGUGUCUCAUCUCUCACAGCGCUCUCACCCGGCCGGGGGAACGGAGGCGCCUGCAGCAGCAAUACUGCCAGUUUGGGUCUUCUGGGGGCGGUGCAGCCCAGCGACGAGCAGGUAGCAGCCAGGCUGUCUGCACCUGUGGUGACCACUCAGCUGGACACCCGCAACAUCGCCUUUGAGAGGAAUAAGACGGGUAUCCUGGGCUGGAGAAGUGAGAAGACUGAAACAGUGAAUGGAUAUGAAGCAAAGGUUUAUGCUGCAUCCAAUGUGGAGCUGAUCACCAGGACCAGAACUGAUCAUCUGUCUGACCAGAACAAGAACAAGACUAAAGGUGGGAAGACGCCGCUGCAGAACUUCCUUGGUAUCGCGGAGCAACACAUGGGCCCAAACAACGCGGCCCUGGUGACCCAGAUGUCGAGUCCUGCGGUGACCAACCCUGCGGCGCUGACGGCUGAGGAAUACUUCAACCCCGGCCUGUCACCGACUCAGAGAGACAUCGGCCACCAGUGCCAGCUCACCACCAAGACCCAGAGGUUUAAAGCAAAGUUGUGGCUGUGCGAGUCCCAUCCUCUGUCCCUGGCAGAGCAAGUGGCGCCCAUCAUCGAUCUCAUGGCGAUCUCCAACGCCCUGUUUGCCAAGCUGCGGGACUUCAUCACUCUGCGCUUGCCGCCUGGUUUCCCAGUCAAAAUUGAGAUCCCUCUUUACCACAUCCUGAACGCCAGGAUCACAUUCAGCAACCUGAACGGCUGUGAGGAGGGGACGGGUGUCCGGGCUGACAACGAAGUCGGCGUGGAGGGGGACGGGCAGAGAGACAACCCCGGGACAGACACGCCAUCUCCGGGCAGCGACUCCUCCAGCGUCUCCAGCUCCAGCUCCAGCUCCACAAUGUCGUGUCGAGCCGGAGAGAUUCCCCCAUGUGUGUUCGAGCCCCCGACUGGAUACACCAUGCUAGGUGGCAAACAGAGAGACAGCAUGAGGGAGGAGGAGGAGGACCUGCUGCAGUUUGCCAUACAGCAGAGUCUGCUGGAGGCCGGCUCCGAGUACGACCAGGUGACCAUCUGGGAGGCGUUGACCAACAGCAAGCCGGGAACACACAGCCUGUCCUCUGACCCAAGUCGUCUGGACAGGACCCCCCAACACAAGCCCCGCCCCCCUUCCAGCCUCUCCUCCACGCCCUCCAAGAAGCAGCCGACCAACUGCAGCUACGACGAGCAGCUGCGCAUCGCCAUGGAGAUCUCGGCUCGAGAGCAGGAAGAGUCUGAGCUGCGGCAGCAGCGGGAGGAGCAGGAGCUGCAGCGCAUCAUCCGGCUGUCGCUCAUGGACAAAUGAGAGUCGAGUGGCCCGGAGGGGGCGGUAGGGGGUGGGGCAGCGGCAGGCGUCAGAAGGGAGGGGUCUGGAGCAAGGAAUCGUGGGAGGAAAGGGCAGUAUGGGCGACUUUAAAUCUUUAAGCACACCUUGUAAGUGGCUGGAAACAAUAAAUCUUAGCAGCGUUGCAGUUCUCUCCCAUCACCUCAGCCAGACCUCUCCCAGGAAGCCAUACAAUGACGCAGCUGUCCCAGGGCCUCAGGCAGCAAAGAGAGGGACGCCACGUUUCCUCCGUCUGGGGCCACAUGGUACUUUUUGUAACCAGUGCCAGUUUACAACCAACGAUACAUCCAGUACAACAAGUUAAGAAUGCCUCCUCGGAUGAGUGAGUUCUGUUUGCAGGUCUGUGUGUGUGUUUCAAAACCAGCUCUCCGCACAGGGGUCAACAGGGACCUCACCUCUUACCCUGUAAAUGUAGUGUGUUAGACCAACUCUCUGCUCCAGCACCAACACGCGCUCACUGAGUCGUGUGUUUUUAGUCCUAACUGUGACGAGUCAGGAUCUGUGCUAUGGAGAACACUGUCGGCUUCUUCAUUUAAGGGCAGUGAAGUUGAGUUGAAUGACAACUUCCUCCGUUUUUACUGAAGACGAAUAAAGGACAAAAAUGGACAUUUCUUUUUUUUAUUUGCACAAAAUUCAGAUGUACUGUAUUUAGCUUGUGGGUGGAUCACAUAUAUGACUGUUAAUGGAUGUAGAUGAGGAGUUUGAGCACAAAGCAUAAACUCAGGCUGGAUCUAGUUUCCGCCUGACGUUAGAGUUACAGGAGCACAGAUAUGACGAGAUGUGUGUGAUAACUGUUCUAGUGUGUGACUGGUCGCAGGCCUGUGUGUGUUAUAAAAACAAUAAAGGGACAAUGCUUUGUCAGUAGAUCGUGGAGUAGACGUGUUACCGAAGGAGAUCCUGUAUAUUUGCAUCUUUUCACCCGACAUUCCUCUGUUUGUGUGUCGUCAUGGUUACAGUGUGUGUACAAUAUUUCAGCAUGGUCUGCACCCGUGUGAGGUUUUGUUUUUUUUGUCUGACUUCAAGUCCAGCCUGGAGACCUGCAAUUUUCAAUUCAAUUCAAAUGUAUGUUGUAUCGCGAACAACAUACAUGAUCUCAAGGCACUUUUACGUAGUAAGGACGAGACCGUACAAUAUUAUAGAGACACACAGAAGUUCACACACUGAGCAGCACUUUGGUGAGCGGACAGAAAAAACUCUUAAUCUCCAACAGGACCAGACUCAGUGUGGGCGGCCAUCUUCCUGGACCGGUGGGGGAGAGGGGAGAGGUGUGGGAAAAGAAGGGAGAGAAAAGAGAGAGGGAAGGUGGAAGAGAGUGAGAGGGACUGGGAACAGUUCUAUAACACUUCUAUCUGAGCUAUGUCACACUGGUUGUUGUAAUGGAAAUAAUCAGAGUGAUAUUUAUAAUAAUAAUAAUAAUAAUUGUUGAGUAGUGUCAGAUCUGGAUCCUGCAGCUCUGGAGAGAGAGACAGAGAAGGAGAAAGAGAGGGGGGGGGGGGCAAAGUUAUUGACAUGUAGUGAUAUGAUAAGAGAUGGGGAGAGAGAGUGAGAGAGAGAGAAGUGCUCAGUGCAUGAUGGGAGUUCCCCAAGCAGUCUAAGCAUACAGAAGCAUAUGUAAGGGAUGGUUCAGGACUCUCCUGAUCCAGCCCCAACAGGCUUUGUCAAAGAGGAACAUCUUAAUACUAACCCUUAAUGUAGAGAUGGUGUCUGCCUCCCAGUCACAGAGUGGGAGCUGGUUCCACAGGAGAGGAGCCUGCACCCCCUCCCUCCCGCUCUAAUAUUACACACUAAUGGAACCAGAGGAUAUCAGCCUCCAGAGAGGUUUUACUGCAGAGUGAAAGCUCACCACAACAUGCUGGGAACAAAAAGUGUAAAAUCACAAAACAAAAAAAAAGCUUUGGUAAGAUAAUGGCUCUCACAAUUGUGACUGUGUUGUUAAUAUUGCAGGGCUCAAGGCCGCAGAACACUGAGAAAUAUGUUAAGUUGCAAAAGACGGAAGGAGAGGAGCAGCUUGUUUCUGCUUCCUUUUUAUAUUAUUUCAUUGAAAGAAAUGUUAAACACGUCAAUAUCAGCACAAACUGAGGAGAACCUCCUCUCCCUCCUCUGAUAUUUAAGCUUGCCUGGUUGAUAAGAAAACUUUUUUUUUUUUUUACUUUUUAA